AUGGAACCAUCAUCACCUACCGCCGCCACCAUGCCAGUCACACCCCCCUGCGGCUCCAACGAGACCCAGCAUGAACAACCAACCCAGCAAUCACCAGCCUUCCCUCUCCCCAAAGGCGUCUACGUGCCCAUGCCGGCCUUCUUCACUUCCACUACUUCCCCCUCUUCCUCCUCCUCAGAAGAAAAAGAGAAAGACAACACGCUCGACAUCCCCGCCACACAGCGGCACACCGCGCGUCUCCUCGCCGCGGGUGUAGCCGGCCUGGUCGUGCACGGCUCCAACGGCGAAGCCGUGCACCUCUCGCGGCGCGAGCGGCGCGCGGCCAUCGAGGCGGUCGCCGACACGGUUAGGCACGAGACGGACGCCCUGCACACGCGCGUGCCGCUCAUCGCGGGCUGUUCGGCGGCCUCGGUGCGCGAGACGCUCGCGCUGUGCCGCGAGGCCAGGGACGCCGGCGCCACGCACGCGCUAGUGCUGCCGCCGGGGUAUUACGGAAGGCUGCUGGAUGUGGAAGGGCUGGUGCGGUACUUUUAUGCCGUGGCGGACCGCGGUGCGCUGCCCGUGGUGGUGUACAACUUCCCCGCCGCGGCGAACGGCGUCGACUUGGACAGUGACGUGCUCCUGAGGCUGGCCGGGCAUCCGCGCAUUGUGGGCGUCAAGCUGACCUGCGGGAACACGGGUAAGCUGGCGAGGCUGGUGGCGGGCGCGCCGCGUGUCAGGGGCGGGAGUAGGGACGAUUUCUUCGUCGCUGGCGGGAGUGCCGAUUUCAUCCUCCAGGGUUUGGUGGUGGGCGCGCACGGGACCAUCAGUGGGUUUGCGAACCUGGCGCCGAGGGCGUGCGUGAGGAUUGGGGAGCUGUUUGAGGAAGGGCGGAUCCGGGAGGCGAGGGAGCUGCAGCACAAGGUCGCCAGGGCGGACUGGUUGGCUAUCCGGUAUGGCUUUGUGGGCGUCAAGGCGGCUAUGCCCAUCUUCCAUGGCCCGGCGGAGGAGUCGUGUGCGGUGCCCAGGUUGCCCUUCACGAGGCUAGAGGAGGAUGGGCAGGCCGUCAGGGAGAUUAGGGAAGGGAUGGCGGGAGCGUUGGAGAUGGAGAGGAGGCUGGAGGCGGAAGCAGGACUGUGA